UUCAUCCCCAUGGACAUCAGUUCCGAACAGUGAUUCGACGAAGCAAGUGUGAUCCAGGUGCCGAGAUCCGAACUCUAGUUAGUGAUUUUUGUCUGUGACAAGUGAUCGAAAUUAAACCAACAAGCAAUGGCUUUGGAGCGUCAAGUUCGUGCUAAGAUUGCCGGCAAACGUGACCUGGAGAAGGAUAAGGAGGCACAGUACUGGAUUGAGGAGGUCCUGCAGGAGAAGUUCCCCGUCGGCGUCCUGUACGAAGAUGCCCUGCGGGAUGGUUUCAUCCUGUGCAAACUGAUCAACAAACUGGCUCCGGGAUCGGUGAACAAAAUUAACACCUCCGGUGCCCAGUUCAAAAUGAUGGAAAACAUCAACAUGUUCCAGCAGGCGAUCAAAAAGUACGGCGUCCCCGAUCUGGACGUAUUCCAGACGGUGGACCUGUACGAAAAAAAGGACAUUGCCCAGGUUACCAGCACAAUAUUCGCGCUAGCGCGAGCGUGCUACAAACACCCGGAAUUCAGCGGACCCUACCUGGGACCGAAACCGGCCGACGAAUGCAAGCGCAACUUCACCGAGGAACAGCUGAACGCUGGCCAGAGCAUUAUUGGACUGCAAGCCGGAACGAACAAGGGAGCCUCCCAGGCCGGCCAGAACAUUGGCGCCGGUCGUAAAAUCAUUCUUGGAAAGUAAACACACACACACACACACACACACACACACAUUGGUCGUGUGAUUCGCAUUUUUUCGUUUUUGUUAUUGUUUUCCCAUUUUGGUUGAUUGUUGCUUACGCAAAUCAUACGGAACCAAAGCCAAAUUGAUAGGAAAGAGACUACCCGCUGCAGUAUGGACCGUACCCCAGACACGCAGUACUAAUGUAUUAAUUGUAAUCAGCAAAGUAACCAGUUUUAAAUUUGUCUCGUAUGAUCACGUAAGAUCACUGUACCUACACGUAUUGUAAGUUUAGAGAGGUUUUUUCGUAUUAAACAAAGUAUGGAUUUGGAAAAAUGAACUAUUUAUAUAAAACAAAAAAAUAAAAGAAGCCAAAAAACA